ACUUGAGUGAGGAUACACACACAGACUAAAUGACCAUGCUACUUAGAGUCAAGGUGACUGGCGGGCGAAUCAGCCAAUAGGAGCGCACGUAUGGGAUGAAGUUACCCAAUGAAGUACUGUCGGCAUUGGUUGGGGGCGGGAAGGAGAAAGAGAGCGGGUUAGGUUGAGCUGUGAGGCAGCAGCUGUAGGAGGGGAAGGAAGAUGGAAGUUGUACGGAGUUAGUGCUGUCUUCGCUCUGUUUCGUUUCCUUCUUCUCGGUGUCUUUAGGGUAAUUGGAAGCUGUCAGCCAUGGAGCAGCCUGCGCCUAAGAGCAAGCUUAAAAAGCUGAGUGAAGACAGCUUGACUAAACAGCCAGAAGAGGUCUUUGAUGUCUUAGAAAAGCUUGGCGAAGGCUCAUAUGGCAGCGUGUUUAAGGCCAUCCAUAAAGAAUCAGGGCAGGUUGUAGCGAUCAAACAAGUUCCUGUUGAAUCCGACCUUCAAGAAAUUAUUAAAGAAAUUUCCAUUAUGCAGCAAUGUGACAGCCAUUACGUUGUCAAGUAUUAUGGCAGCUACUUUAAGAACACUGACCUGUGGAUUGUAAUGGAGUAUUGUGGAGCCGGCUCUGUAUCUGACAUUAUACGAUUACGGAAUAAAACGUUAACAGAAGAAGAAAUUGCAACAAUACUGCGAUCAACAUUAAAAGGGCUUGAAUAUUUACAUUUUAUGAGAAAGAUCCACAGGGAUAUAAAAGCUGGAAACAUCCUGCUGAACACUGAAGGUCAUGCAAAACUGGCAGAUUUUGGAGUUGCUGGCCAGCUGACCGAUACAAUGGCAAAGCGCAAUACUGUGAUCGGAACACCUUUCUGGAUGGCCCCUGAAGUCAUACAAGAAAUAGGCUACAAUUGUGUUGCUGAUAUUUGGUCUCUGGGCAUUUCCUCUAUAGAAAUGGCGGAAGGGAAGCCACCGUAUGCAGACAUACAUCCAAUGAGGGCAAUCUUCAUGAUCCCCACAAAUCCACCACCCACAUUCAGAAAACCUGAGCUCUGGUCAGAUGAAUUCACAGACUUUGUAAAGAAAUGUUUGGUGAAAAAUCCAGAGCAGAGAGCAACGGCUACCCAACUCUUGCAGCACCCCUUUAUCAAGAAUGCUAAACCUGUGUCAAUUUUGCGAGACCUCAUCACUGAAGCAAUGGAUGUCAAAGCCAAAAGACAUGAAGAGCAACAGAGAGAACUUGAAGAGGAAGACGAAAACUCAGAAGAAGAUGAGCUUGAUUCUCACACUAUGGUUAAAACAAAUUCAGAGAGUGCGGGCACCAUGAGAGCCGCCAGCACAAUGAGUGAAGGUGCACAAACGAUGAUCGAACAUAAUAGUACCAUGCUGGAAUCGGACUUGGGUACCAUGGUUAUAAACAGUGAUGAUGAAGAAGAAGAGGAAGAAGAAGACGGAACCAUGAAAAGAAAUGCAACUUCCCCACAAGUGCCACGGCCGUCUUUUAUGGAUUAUUUUGACAAACAAGAUUCAAAAAACAAACCUCAUGAUAAUGGCAAUCAGAAUCUGCCCGAGCAGUACCACAUAUCGAAAAAUGUGUUUCCAGACAACUGGAAGGUUCCACCUGAUGGAGAUUUUGACUUUUUAAAAAAUUUAAGCUUUGAGGAGCUGCAGAUGAGACUAAAAGCUCUGGACCCCAUGAUGGAGCGAGAGAUCGAAGAACUGAGACAGAGGUACAAUGCAAAGAGGCAGCCCAUCCUAGAUGCAAUGGAUGCCAAGAAGAGACGGCAGCAGAACUUCUGAUGAGCGCUUACAGACUACGCUCUGUAAUUACAUUUGGACACAUGCAAUUUCUUGGGCUCCUGAAGGAAAACCAUGUUCCAGUCCUGCAGUUAUGGUCUUUUUUUUUGCUUAUCCCAAUGACACAGUAGUUGAAAAAGUGACUCUCUAUUGCUGUACUCCUCAUUUCCCAGUCCAAGCUCAACAUAAGCAGUGUUUGACUUGGUUGUAUUUUAGUUUGUCCUUGGUUAAGCUGCACUGGGCUAUGGAUUGGAGUGCAUAUCCUUGAACAGAAGUUGUUGUUGUUUUAUAAUUUGCCUCUUUUUCUCCUCUGUUCUCUACCGAAUACUUUCUCUGGGCCAGUAAACAGUGUUGCUCCUCUGCUACCAAAACUGAGAUUCAGCACUGUAACCACUUAGUUUCAGGUAUCUGGAUAGUUCCAGUUAUUGUAUAUGGGGAAGAUAUGAACAAACCUCAUGGUCGAUUAACAUACACAGUGAACAUGACUCUUUCACACGUCUAAAGGCACAUUGCUUUGAUAUACCUGUACACAUAUUUUAGGGACACAUGUAAGCACCUUUGGUAAAUUGCAAUUUGCCUUAAAAUGACACAUAUCUAUUUAUUCAUUUGUGUUACAUGACAUUGUGAUAAGCAUUAAUGACCAAAACACAUUGUGUGCUCAUAUUAAGCUUCGUCGGACAUAAUUAAGGUUUCAUCUGAGAUAUGUCAACAGUAGUUGUAUGUGUUUUGUACAGUUUAUGCUUUAUGGGGAAGGUUGGACCACUUCGCUAUUCUAUGUUACAAACCAUUAUUUCUAUAACCUUGGGCAGAAGGUUCUAAUGAUGCCGAGAACUACUAGCAUGCCAGGUUCUAUGGGUAGGGCGUUUAUUGGCAACAAAAUGAGGGGACUAUCCAAUAGCUAAUUAUACAAUAAAUAGAAAGGAAAUUUGAUACUAGACUUAGUGUGAUAAACCCCUUCUAAUGCAGUAAACCCAAUGGGUGGGUCUAUCCAUUGUGCCCCAUGCAGCGUAUUAAACCUUUUAACGUCCCUCACAUCUGAAGACUGCAUCAAGAUAUUGGGUGUUGUCACAGAAUGGGAUAUCGAGAAAUUGGGUAAUUUUACAGAAUGGAAUAUCGAGAUUUUGGUUAAUGUCACAGAACGAGAUAUUGGGUGUUAUUAUAGAAUGGGAUAUCGAGAUAUUGGGUAAUGUCACAGACUAGGAAGCCUAAUCCCAUUAUUUUAUGUAAAAUGUUCUUAGAGUAAAACAUCUGGCUGUGAAACAUUUCCAAAUUUUAAUCUUUAUGCCUUGAUUACUUUUUAGCUACAUUUUUAAAAACCAAAUCCAUUCCCCGCGUUUUGCUAAGUUGGCUAAAGCUGCUGUUUUUCUGUCCCUAUCAAGAUUAGGAUACAUAACCUUUUUUGAGCAGGUAAACUAAAGAUUGUGAGUUGAGUGCAUUGGUGGAUGCACACAAAAUAUUGAAAGUAUAUUGUCUUCACAUAACCACCUUCCUUUUAGUGUGAUACCAUUUCAUUAUAAUUGCACAAGCUUUUGUAAUCUGCUAAAUUUGCAAAAAAAAAAAAAAAAAGAUUUCAGUUCAAGGCCCCACUUGAAGAUCCAGCCUUUGCUUAGGGUUCCCCUCAGCUCAUUUAACGGAUGAAGAUAUAGGAACAUAUAAAUCAAUCACCAUUAUGCCAUAUAUAUUCCCAUUUUAUGUUUUUCAGGGGACCAGAGAAGUUUUUUUUUUUUUUUCUUAAAAUCAGGGAAAUGUAUUAUGCAUUAUAUAUUGGUGGGACCACAAAAAACAAUGUAAAAUGUGGGCAUAUACAUUUUGAGUUUUUACUGUAUUACCUGAGAUCUUACCCUAACUGACCAUCAAGCUAGGCUUUCGUGGGUAUUUAGGAGAGCAAAUGGCCAUUCUCUCCAAUUU